AGACCCCCCGACGCAAAAAUGACGUUACGGAAACCCGGUAGGACGGACUCCGUUUGAAAAAUCCCGACGCCCGCUCGCAGGACUGCUUGAGGAGCCGCCGCCGCCUUUGGGACGUGUUUGUCCUUUUAAACGGGAGUUGUUUGGAGUCGGUGGAGGAAAGACGCCGCAUCCCUGCGCUACGACGACGUUUCGCUUUUCUGCGGGAGUUUAUCAGUGCGAGAGUGAAAAAUUUUUUCGUUGAUAGUCCACCCGCGGGUGUUUGCUGGUUUGCCCGAUCACCUCAACUGGCAACGCCAUCCUUCGCCUUAGGCCAGGAUGACAAUUGAAGCGGAGGGUGCAGUGCACCCAGAGACUGCGGCCGAGUCUCCGGCCGAGGCAUCUGUCACUGGUCAGAAAGGCAAGAGCCUGGACGAACUCGUGGUCGGGCUCAGCUCGGCCGAUGAGCUCAAACCCAUCGACGGCGUGCCCAUUACCGAGGCAAAGACUGGUGACGCCGACUCUGCGGCCCCGCAGAAGCAGCAGGGAAAGGAAGAACUGGAAGCUGUGGAAGAAGAGGAUGUGGUGAAGGUUGAAUCUCUGCCCGACUUGCCAAAGACACCCACAACUCGCUUCUGGGCCAGGUGGUUCAAGAAGGGCAGCUUCACACCCAACUUCGGCAAGCAGCGCACAGAGGAUACAGAGAUGUGUGAGAAGGAGACGCAGGAUGACAAUCAGGGCAAGAAAGAGGAGAAUCACGCAGGUGAUGAGAACCACAAAGACAGCAAAGACUCCCCGGCGAAUGGCGAUGGCAUUGGCGAACAAGGCAAGAAUGAAGGCGAGGGGCAGAACGUGAAAUCAUCCUCCAGUUCAACAGACAUCACCAUCCCUAUUGGUGAUGCCGACACGGCCACGAAGGCAGACGAGAAGCAGGGCGACGAGAGCGUGCCGGAAAAACUGCCUCUGCGUGAGCGAUUUGCCGUGUAUCGACGUAAGCGCUACCUCCUUGUAGGUGCAGCCAUUGGAGUCUUAUUCCUCGUUACUGUAAUCCUGGUGGUGACGGCCCUCUCUGGCGGAGGCUUUGGCUACGACGACGACGACUGGAGCAUUCCCGUGGCAGCCACGGACUGCGGUCUAGUCGAGGGUCACAUAGAAGAGGGUGCUUUCGUCUUCCGCGGCAUUCCGUACUCUCUUCCUCCUGUCGGCGAGCACCGCUGGAAACCUCCGAGGGCCUUCCAAAGCAUCAGCGAGUGCUGGUCUGGAACGAAGCAGGUGCACAAGUUUGCUCCUAGAUGCCCCCAAAAGAAGGCACCCGGUGUGCGUUUCAACACAAGCGAGGACUGCCUUUACCUGAACGUUUACACACCAUCCAUGUCCAAGCGGGGCCUUCGGCCAGUCCUGGUGGUGCUUCCUGGCGGAUCGCUCAUGGGGAUGGGAGAAGAGGACAUCUUUCUGGAGCCGAGUCCAGGGCUUGCACGCACCCACGACGCCGUGGUGGUGACAUUUGAGUACCGGCGCAAUGCGUUUGGCUUCUUGUCCUUGGACCUGCUCUCGAAGGGGGUGAGGCCGCCGACAUCUGGGAACUAUGGAUUCCUGGACCAAGUGGCAGUGCUGAAGUGGGUGCAGCGCAACAUCCGGCAGUUUAAUGGGGACCCCAACAAGGUGGUUGUGUUUGGCCAUGGUGCGGGAGCCACAUCAGCCCUGCUUCUCGCAACGUCGACAGAAACCAAGGGCCUCCUCAGUAGGGUCUGGGCCACAGGUGCAUCUGUCAACUUCCCCAACCAGACAGUUGAGGAGGCUGCACGCAACAACCUCGAGUUUCUGGCGAACAUCAACUGUACCAGCCUCACCUGCCUUCACCAGAAGACAGCCGACGAAGUAAUAGCAGCUGUGCCCAUGUCGUGGUACGAUGACGUGUCUGCACAGUUGCCACGCAAGCAAGAAAUGACAGCACCAAGUCUGGUUGUCGUUGAUGGAGUCUUCAUCAAAGAUUUUGUCUAUGAGCUGUGGGCAUCUGAGAACUUCACCCGAGUUCCUGUUGUAAUUGGUUCCAACCUGCAGGAGUUUGCCUCUCGAAGGGUGCUCCCUGAGGCAGACCAAGUGGACAGCGCAGAGCUCAGCUCUUACGUCAGGGACCGGCUGGGGACCAUUGACCCCAAGUUGGCUGACAAGGUGCUGCAGAUGUAUGUGCACAACGACACAAUGCCAGCAGAGCAGCUGCACACAAUGAUCUCCGAUGUCCGUGUGACCUGUCCACUGGAGCUGUUGACCGGCGACUUCAUCAAUGCCACCGAAGGGGCAAGAGCCGCACACUUCUACAUUGUCGACUACUCGCCAAACAUUUCACUCUCCUUCUCCACAAAUGCCGAGCCAACCAGGCUCGCGCAGCAUGGGCUGGACGUAGCAGCCAUCUUUGGCAAAAUGUCAUCUGCAGCGGGCUCAUCAGAGAUGCACCGCAAUGACCUGCAGUUUGAGCACAACCUGCAGAAGCUGUUCCAUAGCUUUGUGCACGCUGGCACGCCAUCACUCGGCUCCCAACUCAAGGAGAGCCCGUUUGUGAACUACAUCAGCGCCAAUGUGCGCAGUCGGGCAUCCCAGCAUGAGCCAUGUGCCAGUUGGGAAGAGUACAGUGUGUUCCCUGAAUAUGCCAAGAAGAACUGAUUUUGCAUCUUGUGUUCUGUCAUCAUAACUACUUUCCCCAUCGUUUGUUGUGACCCUCGACGAAAACAUUAGAAAAGCUGGUCUCUUCACCGGCGUUAUGCAGUAAUGCUGGUAUAUCCAGUUGGUGAAGAGUCUAAGGAAAAGGAAAGCUUGCGAUUAUCAGAAGGCAAGCCAGUUCCUGUAAGUUGAUAUAAUGAUUUCCAGCUGCUAAUGGCUGCUAAGUAAUUGCUUAGGCAGCUUGUUAUGCUAUCUGGAGGAAGUGUCAUUGUACCAUGACGGCAAUUUAGGACACUGAUGAUUGCAUAAAAUUAGUGUCUAUCAUUGGCUAUUGUGCACCAGUCAUCAUCUAACAGAUAUAUUACAGAAAUUCAUAUAUCCAUCGGGUUCUGUAAGGUUGCCACACCGAAAAUUACUGCAAAUGUCCCCAGGACAUUCACACAUGCAUAGCUUCACACCUUCGUGUUCGUGGCUAAGAAGAGGAAGCUGAGGGCCUCAAAAUGUGCUGCUACUGGCCAGCCGUUAGUCAAACACAAAGACCAGGAGAGAUGCCUAAUUUCAAGGUCACCGCGUAAUGGGUGCAGCAGUGUUGGUCAAGUGGGGCACUGUGCUCGAUUCCCCAUUGCAACCCAGGGCUCAGUGUUCUGAAUACUC